ACCUACCACGCCAGAGGGAAAAACUCACCAUCCCCCCAGGCUAGCUCAAACUUUCUGGACCAGCCUCCAUCCUACUGUGAGUGUGUGUGUGUGUGUGUCUGCACAGACAUUCACUAACCAGUUUGUGAGGCCAGAGAGAGAGAGAGAGAGACAGAGAGACCAGUACUAAGGAGAAGGCAGGAGAGUGAAGAGCACGCUACUAUACAGAGCCACAACUGAGACUGAGACAUCGGCCCCCACAAGCCUCUGACAAGCACCAGCAGAAGAAGCAAACAACGUUGAGACGCACAGGCUGUCUUCACACAUAGCUACAGGUGCAACAGUGACACAGCAGUCAGCUGUAGAGGAACAGAAGAAGAGAAGAGUAACCAAGAGACUGACCAUGGUGCCCAGAGCUUUAUGUCUGUUUGUCCUGCUUGGGCUGUCUGUCUGGGGCAGCAGUGAGGGCCUCAGAUCCCCCAUUCUGACCCGGAGGCGGAGAGCCCCAGGGGACACAGGAGAACAACCCAAAAAGUGCUCGUACACCUUCCUGGUCCCUGAGCAGAAGAUCACAGGGCCCAUCUGCGCCAGCCGGGGCCUACACACGGACAAGGAUCGCGUGACCCGCCUGGACGUGGCGGCAGUGAGGGACCUGCUCUCCAAACAGAGACGGGAGAUGGACAACCUGAAGCUGGUGGUGGAUGUGGACGGGAACAUGGUGAACGAGAUGAAGCUGCUGAGGAAGGAGAGCAGGAACAUGAACUCCAGGGUGACCCAGCUUUACAUGCAGCUGCUUCAUGAGAUCAUCAGGAAGAGAGACAACUCUCUGGAGCUGGCUCAGCUGGAGGGACGCAUUCUCAACGCCACAGCAGAGUCCCUACGUCUGGCCGCCCGCUACCGCGACCUGGAGGUCCGCUACGCCACGCUCUCUGCCAUGGUCAACAACCAGUCGGUUCUGAUUGGUGCCCUGGAGGAGCGCUGUCUACAGGUGUACGGCCGGCGGCAGGAGCAGCCUCCUCAGGGCCCACCGCUGGUACAGGUAGUGCCGGAGAACAUACCGGUUAGCAUCCCAAGGUUCACCAACGAGAUCCAGAGGGACCAUAGCCGGGCGUUCCCCAGAGACAGGGGCUCCCGAGUGGGGCCGGCACCCACAGGAGGCACCCUGGAGCUCCGGACAGCUCCGCAGGGCAACUUCAGCGCAGAGGGUCCUUUCAGGGACUGUCUUCAGGCGCAGGAGGCUGGCCAUAGCACCAGCGGUAUGUACCUGCUGAAACCUGACGAGGCAGAGAGGCCCAUGCAGGUGUGGUGUGAGCAGGGCCUGGACAACGGAGGCUGGACUGUCAUCCAGAGCAGGAGGGAUGGCUCCGUCAAUUUCUUCAGGAACUGGGACGCCUAUAAGAAUGGAUUUGGCAACAUAGACGGUGAGUACUGGCUGGGGUUGCUUGGGAUCUACAACUUAGGGAAGCAGUCUGACUACAGACUUCUGGUGGAGCUGGAGGACUGGGUGGGGAAGAAGGUGUAUGCUGAGUACAGCAGCUUUCACCUGGAGCCUGAGAGCGAGGGCUACCGCCUGAGGCUAGGCACCUAUCAGGGAAAUGCUGGUGACUCACUCAGCAGCCACAACGGCAAGCAGUUCACCACACUGGACCAAGACAGGGACGCCUUCUCAGGUAACUGUGCACACUUCCAUAAGGGAGGCUGGUGGUACAACUCCUGUGGCCAGGCCAAUCUGAACGGUGUUUGGUACUCCGGUGGGGUCUAUCGCAGCAAGUUUCAGGACGGAAUCUUCUGGGCGGACUACGGCGGAGGAUUCUACUCUAUGAAGGGAGUCCGCAUGAUGGUCAGACCCAUAGACUGAGACUAGAGAGGGAGAACCAUGACCAUCUUAACCCUCAACCAACACAUGUACAGUACUGCCUAUCUCAAACCCACUCACAGACAUUGACUACAAACAUUGUGUGACCUCAUUGUGUGAGGUGGCAUAGUAUUUCACAUGUGAAGCUAAUCUGCAGGCAGACGACAGGUUUUUCCUGCAGGCCUAGAGACCCUCAGCACUUCCUUUAGAAACUACUAAUAUCCAGGCAUCACUGGCAGCACUAGAAUUAGAGCAAGGAGUACCAGACAUAUCAGUUACAAUGGAGAAGAAAUCAAAACAACUGACCUAUGGUAUGGCAUUGAUACUGUAUAUCCAUUCUAGACACUAGAGGUAAAAUGUUGCCUAUUUUAGAGGUGUGUAAAUAUCUUUAGUUGUAAUAACUUCUUAAGAAAGCAUUCAAUCUACUUUGUUCCAACUUCUCCAUCUUCUGAUGCUUUUAUGAUUUCUUUUUUAUAUGUUUGAAAUAAACCAGGCGCCAAGGUGAA